GGGCUUUCCAGUGUUUCGCGUAUGGGUAGUGCGGAGCCUAUUCUCUCAUUUUAUUCUUCUUCGAUCAAUUUCAUUUCGAUCUUCGGAGAGUUGUCUUUCCGCUAAGUGUAAACGUUGAUGAACCCACGCUCAUCCGCAAAAUUUCUUCUCAAUUUCUUCUGAUCUCAACUCUCUACUUAUAUUUAUACGUUUCUGUGAUUAUAUUUUGUACAUUUGUCUAUUAACUUCCCAACGAUCUUCUGAAUACAUAUGCGGAUUGAUCGGGUUUUAAAAUCGAUAAAUUCUACUGUGAGUUGAUCACGAUAGCUCAAUUAACCACCUUAGGGUUUUCAGAUUUGAAGCUCUGGGUGCCAAUCAGUCAAGGCAGAGACCUCUGCCGUCAUCUUCGGCAGGUGGAGCAUGGUUCUUCCUACGGCCUAGUCCUCCCCAGCCACACUCUCUUCACUACCUCCCUGAACCACAGAUGGACUUCGUCAGCCGCCACACCGCGACCCCUUCCGACCACACACCACCUGCUCACCCCGCCUCCUCCUCCGCGCCUGCUACCCCGCUUGAAGAGCCCGAGUACUUGGCCAGAUACAUGGUUAUCAAGCACUCAUGGCGGGGUCGCUACAAGAGAAUUCUCUGCAUUUCCAAUCACGCAAUUAUUACUUUGGAUCCAAGCACGCUAUCUAUGACUAAUUCGUACGAUGUGAGUUGUGAUUUUGAAGGCGCAGCCCCAAUAAUUGGGAGGGAUGAUAAUUCUAAUGAGUUUAAUAUUAGUGUGCGGACGGAUGGCCGUGGGAAAUUUAAAGCCAUAAAGUUUUCGUCCAAGUAUAGGGCGAGUAUAUUGACUGAACUGCACAGAAUAAGAUGGAAUAGACUAGGCACCAUAGCAGAGUAUCCGGUUCUUCAUUUACGCCGGAGGACCUCAGAGUGGGUUCCUUUUAAAAUGAAAGUUACUUAUGUUGGAGUCGAAGUGAUAGACUUAAAGUCUGGGGACCUUCGUUGGUGCUUGGACUUCAGAGAUAUGGAUUCACCAGCCAUAGUUCUUCUCGGUGAAGGAUAUGGGAAGAAGAGUGUUGACCAUGGCGGAUUUGUUCUUUGUUCUUUAUAUGGAAGGAAAUCCAAAGCUUUCCAGGCUGCUUCAGGGACGUCAAAUGCUACCAUUAUAUCAAAUUUAACUAAAACUGCACUUUCUACGAUUGGGGUGUCAUUAGUUGUUGAUAGUUCUCAAUCACUCACCAUCACAGAGUAUAUGAAGCGAAGGGCUAAGGAGGCUGUGGGGGCGGAAGAAACUCCUCUUGGUGGUUGGUCUGUUACAAGGUUGCGAACUGCCGCUCAUGGAAUGCUACAUUCUGUUGGAUUGAGUUUGGCAAUUGGACCAAAAGGAGGACUCGGGGACUCUGGUGAUGCUGUCUCACGUCAGCUUAUUCUUACCAAGGUCUCACUUGUUGAACGUCGCCCCGAAAACUAUGAAGCUGUUAUUGUUCGGCCUUUGUCUUCAGUUAGUGCUCUUGUUCGGCUUGCUGAGGAGCCCCAGAUGUUUGCUGUUGAAUUUAAUGAUGGAUGCCCUAUUCACGUUUAUGCGAGCACUUCUCGUGACAGCUUACUUGCAGCAGUUUUGGAUGUUUUGCAAACAGAAGGUCAAUGUCCGGUGCCUGUAUUACCAAGGCUAACGAUGCCUGGUCACCGGAUUGAUCCCCCUUGUGGCAGAGUUCAUUUGCAAUAUCCCCAACAACCUCAGCGACCUGUUGCCGACAUGGAAUCUGCAACAAUGCAUUUGAAGCACUUGGCAGCAGCUGCCAAAGAUGCUGUAGCUGAGGGAGGCUCCAUUCCGGGUUCAAGAGCUAAACUGUGGCGCAGGAUAAGAGAAUUUAAUGCGUGCAUUCCAUUUAGUGGAGUUCCUCCAAGUGUUGACGUACCUGAAGUGACUUUGAUGGCCUUGAUUACAUUGCUUCCUGCUGCUCCCAAUCUUCCUCCAGAAUCCUUGCCCUUGCCACCGCCAUCUCCUAAAGCCGCUGCCACUGUCAUUGGUUUCGUUGCAUGCUUACGCAGGUUGCUGGCUUCAAAAAGUGCCGCCUCACAUGUGAUGUCAUUUCCUGCUGCAGUUGGAAGAAUCAUGGGCCUGCUUAGAAAUGGUUCUGAGGGAGUAGCUGCUGCAACGACGGGGCUUAUUGCUAUGCUUAUCGGUGGUGGCCCUGGGGAUACGAGUAUGUUAGCGGAUACAAAAGGAGAACAACAUGCGACAAUCAUGCACACAAAAUCUGUAUUAUUUGCUGAACAGAGUAACCUAAUUGUCCUCGUCAACAGAUUAAAGCCAAUCUCUGUUUCGCCAUUGUUGUCAAUGGCUGUUGUUGAAGUUCUUGAAGCAAUUAUAUGUGAGCCACACAGUGAAACGACCCAAUACACUGUUUUUGUUGAAUUACUGCGCCUCGUUGCUGGAUUACGCCGUCGCUUGUUUGCAUUAUUUGGGCAUCCUGCAGAAAGUGUCAGAGAAACAGUGGCGGUAAUUAUGCGUUCAAUAGCCGAAGAAGAUGCUGUUGCAGCAGAAUCAAUGCGGGAUGCUGCUUUACGUGAUGGUGCGCUGCUGAGACAUUUGUUACAUGCAUUUUACCUUCCUGCUGGCGAACGACGUGAUGUCAGCCGACAGCUUGUGGCUCUCUGGGCAGAUUCUUAUCAACCUGCCCUUGAUUUAUUAUCUAGAGUUCUACCACCUGGGCUGGUUGCAUAUUUGCACACACGAGCUAAUGGAAUUUCAGCAGAAGAUAUAUCUAAUCAGGAAGUUUCCUUGAUGAGCAGAAGACAGCGACGUUUACUUCAACAGAGAAGGCAUCGUCCGGUGAAAGGAAUACCAUCUCAAGGACAUAACAUGCCUUCUGUUAGUGAUGCUGAAGGCAGUGAUCAAGCACGGCAGACAAGUGGUUAUGCAUAUCGAGGUUUAGAUGGCUAUCGGAACUCUGGAGAUCCAAAUAGUGUGCAGGUUCCAUCUAUUCAUUCAUCUCUGAAUCAUGCUGGCGAGAAUUUUUCUAGUGAGCUUCCAGCUGUAGGGGUGCCUCCAACUGAUCAGUCAUCAGCCACUGCUCCCCCUGAUAAUUAUGCAGGCCAUUCAGGUGAGUCAACUGAAACAAAUGCUACAGUCACACGUGAUUCUGAUGUUGGUGCAUCUGGUUCCCAGAACUCUGGCCUCCCUGCUCCAGCCCAGGUUGUUGUGGAGAAUGCACUUGUGGGAUGUGGAAGACUGCUGUUAAAUUGGCCUGAUUUUUGGCGAGCUUUUGGUCUUGAUCACAACCGCGCUGACUUGAUCUGGAAUGAGCGUACUAGGCAGGAGUUAAUGGAGUCUUUGCAGGCUGAGGUUCAUAAACUUGACCUAGAGAAGGAACGAACUGAAGAUAUUGUUCCUGGACAUACAUCUAAGGAAACAAUUAAUGGGCAAGAAGCUGUGCCUCGGAUAUCAUGGAACUACACAGAAUUUUCUGUGCGGUACCCUAGCUUGGCCAAAGAGGUUUGUGUCGGUCAAUAUUAUCUACGCCUUCUGCUUGAGAGUGGCACUGGAGGUAGGGCACAGGACUUUCCACUGCGUGACCCGGUUGCAUUUUUCAGAGCACUUUAUCACCGGUUCCUGUGUGAUGCCGACACUGGGCUGACUGUAGAUGGUGCUGUUCCCGAUGAAAUGGGUCCCUCUGAUGAUUGGUGUGAUAUGGGAAGAUUGGAUGGUUUUGGAGGAGGGGGAGGUUCCUCAGUCAGAGAGCUUUGUGCAAGGGCUAUGGCAAUUGUAUAUGAACAACAUUACAACACAAUAGGCCCAUUUGAAGGCACCGCACAUGUUACAGUACUCUUGGACAGAACAAAUGAUAGAGCUCUAAGACAUCGCCUUCUUCAUCUUCUGAAGGUUUUGAUGAAGGUCCUAUCAAAUGUGGAGGCAUGUGUCUUGGUCGGAGGGUGUGUGCUUGCUGUUGAUUUACUAACAGUAGUUCAUGAAGCUUCAGAAAGAACUGCGAUACCGUUGCAGUCUAACCUAAUUGCUGCAACUGCUUUUUUGGAACCUCUGAAGGAAUGGAUGUUCAUAGACAAGGACAAUGUACAAGUUGGGCCGGUGGAGAAGGACGCAAUCAGAAGAUUUUGGUCUAUAAAAGAAAUUGACUGGACAACCAGAUGCCGGGCAUCUGGGAUGCCAGACUGGAAGAGACUACGAGACAUACGUGAACUCCGGUGGGCGAUGGCUGUUCGAGUUCCCGUUCUUACGCCAAUCCAGGUAGGAGAUGUGGCAUUGUCCAUAUUGCACAGUAUGGUUGCCGCUCAUUCAGAUAUAGAUGAUGCUGGAGAGAUUGUUACACCAACCCCCAGAGUAAAGCGGAUCUUGUCAAGCUCACGUUGUCUUCCACAUAUUGCACAAGCAAUGCUUUCUGGUGAACCGACUAUUGUUGAUGCUGCUGCUGCUCUGCUGAAAGCUAUAGUUACUAGGAACCCAAAAGCAAUGAUCCGAUUAUACAGUACAGGCGCAUUUUAUUUUGCUCUGGCUUACCCUGGAUCUAAUCUUCUUUCAAUUGCCCAACUCUUCUCAGUGACUCACGUUUAUCAAGCCUUUCAUGGUGGUGAGGAAGCUGCAGUUUCCUCUUCUCUACCUUUGGCGAAACGAAGUGUUUUGGGCGGCCUCUUACCUGAGUCAUUGCUUUAUGUACUGGAACGUUCUUCAGCAUCUUGGUGA